CCUACUGGAGCUUUAAGCAGACCACAUAUUCUACUAAACCUCUGUUAAAGUGUUUCUAGUUUGAGAGACAACACAGUAGAGACUUCUACUUUCUUUGUUCAUUUUUUUUUUUUUUUUUUAAAGGGGCCCCUGAGGACUCCUGCUGGACCCCUCUUUGGAAACCAGUGCACAUACAGUAUUACAAACCGAUCCGGGUCAUGUAGAAUCAAGUUUUUUUUUCUUCUUGUGCAUGACCAAGUUGAAAUAACGGAAAAGAAAAGCACAUGCGCAUUGGUGUGAGCUCCAUCGGAGGCGCCAUUGCUUCACAAGGACUGUAGUUCAACUUGUCCUCCCCACACAUGGAAAGUCAGUUAUGCGGAGAUAAUAAAAAGACUCCAAGCCCCAGCAGACGGCCGCUGCUCUUUUUUUACUCUCGUCGAGCAGGGGGGAGUAGACACAGCUGGAAGGAUAAUAAGAUGCGCAUGAAUUUUACAAUCUGGAAUAAAAGAUAAGAGAAAAUAAAUGGACGGCUCUGGUUAGUCGCAGCGCGCCUGUAUGUACACUUUAUGUCGGUGUUUGUUGCAUGUGAGCUCUGCGACGCUGCGCUUCUUGUGUGUGCCACUUCUACAGAAGUGCAGACUUUUUGUAAACUUCAGACUCCGCUUUCCUCAGUUGAUGGAGUUACAAAGUUUCUUCAGUAAACUCACAAUGGAAAGAAAAGCGCCCUUCGCUGACUGUGAAGGCUUCCUGUGGUCGGAGUGGAUUACUGACUUCAGUAAGGAGAAGGAGCGCCACUCCAGGAUAUGAAGCUUGUCGCAGUGAUUUUACUGCACAAGUCUGGGGAUUGUCCACAGACUUUUUCUCCAUCACCUGCCCAUCCAGUGAGUGUGUGCUCAGGUGGGCGGAUCGCCUAUCACCCUCUUAAUUUAUGAAAAACAAUGUGGCUUUGAUAAACACACACAGUGCUGACUCACCGCCACUGAUGAGGACCAAAGAUUCCCCCCACAAAGUGCUCUUUUCUCCCAGCCUCCACUAAAACCUCCACCAUUCAGCGUUCCACGUCGCCAUUGGAAGAAACCCAAUGUCUGCCUCCUCUCCCCCAUCCUUACCUCGAGCCUUCCUCCACUCUCUCUAUCCGCACCACCCGUCCUCGUCGCCCGCCCCGGCGUCCGGGCCGCUCUACACGCGGCUGUCCAACGGCAGCCACAGCGCCCCCAGCCCCACCAACUCCCGCAGCUCUUUCCAUGGGGUGUCCUUCCUGCUGCAGAUUGGACUGACCAGAGAGACGGUCAACCUGGAGGCCAGUGACCUGUCGCUGUCGUCCGUUAAGGACCUGGUGUGCUCCAUAGUGGACCAGAAGUUCCCGGAGUGUGGCUUUUUCGGCAUGUACGACAAGAUCCUGCUGUUCCGCCACGACUUAAGCGACGAGAACAUCCUGCAGAGGCUGACCUCGGCGGAGGACAUCCACGAAGGAGACCUCAUAGAAGUGGUGCUCUCUGCUCAAGCCACAGUUGAAGACUUCCAGAUCCGACCCCAUGCCCUUUAUGUCCACUCCUACAAGGCCCCCACCUUCUGCGACUACUGUGGGGAGAUGCUAUGGGGUCUCGUUCGGCAGGGGCUCAAAUGUGAAGGAUGUGGGCUCAACUACCACAAGCGCUGCGCCUUUAAGAUCCCAAAUAACUGUACUGGUGUCAGGAAGAGGCGAUUGUCCAAUGUCUCCCUGCCUGGACCGUCCCUCUCCGUCCCCCGACCGGCACCUGUCGAAAAUGCCGUGGUCAUCCUGGACGAGCAGAGGUCCCAUCAGGAGGCAGGGAAGCGGAUCCUGUCCUGGAGCGGCAGGCCCAUCUGGAUGGAGAAGAUGGUGCUGGGACGGGUCAAGGUGCCGCACACCUUCGCCAUUCACACCUACACUCGUCCCACUAUCUGCCAGUACUGCAAGCGUCUGCUCAAGGGGCUCUUUCGCCAGGGCAUGCAGUGUAAAGAUUGUAGAUUCAACUGCCAUAAGCGAUGUGCUUCAAAGGUACCUAGAGACUGUUUGGGGGAGGUGGACUUCAAUGGAGAGCCAGCCAGCCCCGGCCCAGACUCCGACACCACCAUGGAUACUAUGGAGGUGGACAGCGGCGAUAUGGACGGCGGCAGAGGACUUGACGACCUAGAGGAACCCUCCACCCCAGAGGACAGGAUGUUCGACAUGGAUUCUCCCUUAUUGGAUAGAGAGAAGGACGAAGAGCCCAUCAAGACUAUUAGCCCUUCUACUAGCAGCAACAUCCCUCUGAUGCGGGUGGUCCAGUCCAUCAAACACACCAAGAGGCGGAGCUCGACUGUGGUGAAGGAGGGCUGGAUGGUUCAUUAUACGAGCAGGGACAACCUGCGGAAGAGACAUUUCUGGAGGCUGGACAGCAAGAGUCUGAGUCUCUUCCAGAACGACACCGGAGCCAAGUUCUACAAAGAGAUCCCUCUGUCCGAGAUCCUCCAGGUGGAACAGUCCCGAGACUACAGCAAUCUGGCCCAGGGCAGCAACCCGCACUGCUUUGAGAUCAUCACAGCCACCAUGGUCUACUACGUAGGGGAGAACAACUGCAGUCACUACCACAGCCCCGCUCUGGCCGCCUCGGGGGUCGGCAUGGACGUGGCUCAGGGCUGGGAGAAAGCCAUCAGACAGGCGCUGAUGCCCGUCACCCCUCAGCCCAGUGUGGCCAGUGCUGCUGGUCAGGGCAAAGAUCAUAAAGAGCUGUCCAUCAGCAUAUCUGUGUCCAACUGCCAGAUCCAGGAGAAUGUGGAUAUCGCCUCAGUGUACCAAAUAUUCUCUGACGAAGUGCUGGGAUCUGGACAGUUUGGCAUUGUAUAUGGAGGUAAACACAGAAAGAGCGGCAGAGAUGUGGCCAUCAAGGUUAUUGACAAGAUGAGAUUUCCUACCAAGCAGGAGAGCCAGCUAAGGAAUGAGGUGGCCAUAUUACAGAAUCUGCACCACCCAGGCAUCGUCAACUUGGAGUGCAUGUUUGAGACGCCGGAGCGGGUGUUCGUCGUCAUGGAGAAGCUGCACGGCGACAUGCUGGAAAUGAUUCUGUCCAGCGAGAAGAGCAAGCUGCCUGAACGAACCACCAAGUUCCUCGUCACACAGAUCCUGGUGGCCUUGAGACAUCUGCACUUCAAAAACAUUGUUCACUGUGACUUGAAGCCUGAGAAUGUACUACUGGCCUCCGCAGAGCCCUUUCCUCAGGUAAAGCUGUGUGAUUUUGGCUUUGCCCGCAUCAUCGGCGAGAAGUCGUUCCGGCGAUCUGUAGUCGGCACGCCGGCGUACCUGGCUCCAGAGGUGCUGCGCAGUAAAGGCUACAACCGCUCCUUAGACAUGUGGUCAGUGGGAGUCAUCGUGUACGUCAGCUUGAGCGGGACAUUCCCUUUUAAUGAGGACGAGGACAUUAAUGACCAGAUCCAGAACGCUGCCUUCAUGUACCCCCCUACGCCCUGGAAGGACAUCUCAGCAGAGGCCACAGAUCUGAUCAAUAAUCUUCUCCAAGUCAAGAUGAGGAAGAGGUACAGCGUGGACAAGUGUCUCAGCCAUCCCUGGUUACAGGACUAUCAGACGUGGUUGGACCUCAGGGAGUUUGAGACGCGGCGAGGCGAGCGUUACAUCACCCACGAGAGCGACGACGCUCGCUGGGAGGAGCACGCAGACGAACACAGUCUCGGCUACCCCAAACACUUCAUCAUGGCUCCCAACCUGGACGACAUGGAAGAGGACCCCUAGUGGCACAGGGGGGACUUACUACACCACAUGUAUUAAAAAGACGAGGAUUGUCACAGGGAGACUUUGGGAGCGGCGGAUUUUCCCUCCGGGACUGUUUGUUGUGGAAACAGAGAGAAGCCGAUCAGGUGGAGAAUCACUCCACGGAGGCUUUAAAGUGGGAAAAACCCGACAGGAUUUUGUAGCAUGAUGCGCUGCUACAGGCAGAACGCAGGUGGAGAUGCGUCCCACAGAAACGCAUUAAGAGACUGUCAGGAGAGAAGAGUGUUCAUCUUCUUUUUGCACGAUAUCAAAACAUUCCAUGGAUUUACUCGAGUUUGGUUCAUCUUUAAGAACAAUCACAAACCAAAACAAGGUGAACUUAAUAGUUUAGUUAAUGUACACACAAUUUUGGAUAACUUUGAGUAAUAAUAUGACUGUUCUUUAUCGGAGAGAGAGCUUAUCCCCAGGAGUAAAGGGCACUUUUCACAAGGGAUUUACAGUCUGAGAAUUUAAAACGUUCUCAUUAUUCCCAACUGUUUGUGAGACUGUCCUUUGGCAUGAAACUGGAACUAUCACAUAUAUUUGUACGUUUUUUAAUGUAUUUUGUAAAUGUGGUAGAUUUUUGCACUAUAUUACCAUUGAACAUAGCAAUUGAAUAGAAAUACUAUUCGCUGCUACGGAGAGCAAACGAUGUUCGAGUGUCCAGUCGAGGUGCAAAGUUUGAAAAAAGAAGUUUGAGAAAGUUGGUGCAACUCACGCAUUAUUGGCUUAUUUUAACAAACCUCUACAGGUAUUUUCACCCAACAUUUCAUUGUUAAUGGCAGCUAAUAGUGUGCAAGUUUGAUCAACUUUCCCCUGGAGACAGUGGCCGACAUAACCUGACCAAAUAUGUUCAUUCAUUUCCAAACCUUUUCUAAAAUUUACAUGAAUUCCUUGAGUCACUGAAUUGUCAGUAAAUGCAAUAAUGGAGCCAUUUUUCCUGUUCAACAUGAGGCUAAAACAGCACGGACUCUAUGUUAGAGCAUCAUGUUUCUGUGUAUCUUUAUUUCUGUACUUUCGCAGUAUUCUUGAAUGUGACUUUUUAAGCACUCUGAUUCUGGAAUAUGUGUUUUUGAUGCUCUUUAGGUAUCGCCAGAGGCGGCCAACCGAGGUUUUACAUAGAACAAAUGAUUGGUGUCCUUGUUUGUUAUGUCGUCUGGAUCUUUUCAACCAACAGCCCUUUUUGUCUGGACAGUACUUAACAGUUUGGUUCACAUGGGAGUUUAUUGUACUACAGUUUUGUAGUUUGCUCUGUUGGUGUGUUAUGGGAGUACGUUCCUGUUUUCCUGUUGUCCUCUUCCUGUCUGUGUUGCCGCUGGAUUGGCAGGUGUCAGUGUUUUUGUAUAUUUCAGUACAUACCAAUGGAAUAAAAACCCAACUUCUCAGCUGAGAAUGAAAACGUU